CCCCAGCACGCCCACCACCGGCUUCCCCAUCCUCAACUUUGCAUGGCCAUAACCAGCCAGCAGAUACCCAAGAAUCACGCCCUCAGGAUUUACUAAGAGAAAAAACACCCGCUAACGACAUCUUAAAUAACGAUACAGAUACUCUUGUUGUAGACUGGGACGGUCCCGAUGAUCCUCAAAAUCCAAAAAAUUGGAGCUUUAAACGAAAAUGGGCAGCCACAGCCAUCGUCUCUUCAUUCACUUUUAUCAGUCCCGUUUCAUCCUCCAUGGUUGCUCCCGCAAGCUCCCAGUUGGCCGCCAGUUUUGGUAUAACAAACGCUGUCAUGAUCGCGUUGACUACCUCAAUUUUUGUACUCGCUUAUGCUAUCGGUCCCCUUAUCCUCGGGCCCCUCAGUGAGAUAUAUGGACGGUCACGAGUCCUUCAGCUGGCAAACAUGUGGUACCUCGCGUGGAAUCUGGGGUGUGGGUUUGCGCAGAACGAGUCACAGCUCGUUGCUUUCCGUUUUCUGGCGGGUUUGGGAGGAAGUGCUCCGCUUUCUAUCGGUGGUGGUGUACUUGGAGACUGUUGGAGAGCGGAAGAGAGAGGUCAGGCUGUCGCUCUCUACUCACUGGCACCGUUGCUUGGUCCAGUUGUUGGGCCCAUCACUGGAGCAUGGAUAGCUGAAAGAUCGACGUGGAGAUGGGUGUUCUGGUCCACAAGUAUCGUUGAUGCCGUCAUUCAGUUCUUUGGCCUGUUCUUUUUGCAAGAAACAUAUGCACCUAUACUAUUAGAACGAAAGGCUGAACAGAUAAGACAAACCAUGGACGCUGAAAAGGGUCCCCAUAGACAUGUUCGCACUGUAUUUGAAAGUGACGAUAGAUCUUGGCAGUCAAUAUUCAAGAAAGCCCUCACGCGCCCUUUCUUACUCUUCGCGCGCGAACCUAUCGUACAAUUACUCGGUAUCUAUAUGGCCUAUCUAUAUGGAAAUCUCUACUUGUUCUUAACAACCAUACCCAGCAUAUUCGAAGGAGUUUAUGAACAGCCCGUUGGUAUAGCCGGAUUACAUUACAUCGCACUCGGUAUAGGCCUUAGUGGCGCAUCGCAGAUUAACGCGAGAACACUGGAUAGAGUGUACAUACAUUUCAAAAACAAGAACGGUGGCGUUGGGAGGCCCGAGUACCGACUUCCUGCCAUGUUCCCCGGCACAUUACUUUUGCCGAUCGGAUUGCUCAUAACGGGUUGGACAACCAAGGCUCAGAUUCACUGGAUUGCUCCUGACAUUGGAAUUGCUCUUGUCGGUGCCGGGACGAUUUUGAACUUCCAGUGCAUCCAGACUUAUGUCGUCGACACGUUCACCUUACACGCUGCUUCUGCUCUGGCGGCCGUAUCAUGUCUACGAUCACUCGCUGGUUUCGGAUUUCCUCUUUUCGCUCCUGCCAUGUAUCAGGCAUUGGGCUUUGGCAAAGGUGAUACCAUCCUUGCGGCUGCAGCUAUAUUAAUAGGAUGCCCAGCACCUUGGUUAUUCUGGCACUAUGGAGAACGGAUCCGAAACAGCAGUCGAUAUGCGCGGUGAUCUACAUUGUAUAGACUCAUCUCAUGGACACCCAUAUUAGACGAUAGCAGUUUUUGUACGAUUCAACUUAACUAUCCAUCCGCAUAUCCAUCAGCAUAUCCCCCUUCUGCAUUCACUUUACGUUCAUGAUAACGAUGUCUACUCUUCAUGUUUUCUCUUCUCUAGCAUGAUAACCAAUGUAAACCCCGACCUUGUCUCAUGUCUCUUAUGAAAGUAACUGGGCGCUGUUGUCAUUUCGCAAUUUCUUGUCGUUUGGUAGAUUUGGUCGUUUAUAGAAUUGCAAGGAUUUCAUUUGGAGGGGACUA